AUGGACCGCGAGCCCUUCAUAGUUGUGCUACUAGAUGGAACUGGCAUCAUCUUCAGAGAUGAAUUUUUACAAAAGGGAGAAGAAGGUGGAAAGAUUGCAGCCAAGAAGCUUGCUGUCGCCCUAAAAGACUAUGUUGCCAGCAAUUUCCCAGGCCUUGAUGCUUCAAAGAUAAUCGCAAGGAUGUACGUCAACUUAAAGGGCCUGAGUGAGAUGUGUGUCCGAGGCGUCAUUAGCACCGACCCAUCAUCAGUCGAGGGCUUUGCUAGGGGCUUCAACAAUGGCCAUCCACUAUUUGACCUUGUGGAUACUGGACUGGACAACGCACAUGAUAAGAUCGCAGGUACGCAUCGAGGCUCUUGUCCAAAGCACUUACAUUGGUAUUCAACUUACAACGAUGCGCUGACCUACUGCUCGCCGUCUUCAGAGGCCUUCAGGGUCAACCUAUAUAACUGUCACUGUCAUCAAAUCUUCUUAGGAUGCGCCGACACCAGUGCAUAUGCCCAGAUUUUGGUGGAUAUAAUGGAAGACAUUGACCUUGUAGGAAGAGUAACCUUGAUCGAGGGCGUCACCUUUGAAAAGGACCUAGCCAAAAUCAAGGCCGCAUACAGAGUCUCUCAGUUUCCGGAAAUUCUCCGAAAUACAAAAAUAACACCUGUCUGGGCCCCAUGGAAAGCCGCAGUGGCGUCCAAACCUCCUCCCGCUCUCACCCCAUCACCGAAACCAGGCGCAGUGCCACUGUCACGAACCUCGACUAGCACGUCAACAAACGCCAGUACAUCGCUGUCUUCCACGUCUGCAAGGCCGUCAAGCCCUGGAGAGUUCCAAGUGGUACAGUCGAAAUCAGCUACACCCGCACGGCCCAAGAUCGUUGAACGAAACAAGUACGGUCAACGUGUAGACCGAGUUGACUUUAAAAGCAUACCACGAGAAGAACUGAACCGCCUCAAGAAACUGAAAUUAUGCAACCUUCAUUACCUUCUAGGAGAAUGUACAGUUGAUAACUGUCAGCACGACCACUCGCGCAAGUUGACCAAAAAUGAACUUUCAAUCUUGUCCGCCAUCGCCCGCAUGACCCCCUGCCGAUACGGAUUAGAAUGCGAUGAUCCGGAAUGUACAUAUGGGCAUCGAUGCCCUCAUGCAGAACCCGGGAAAAGGGACUGUUACUGGGGUUCGAAUUGUCGAUUUGAUCCUGCCGCCCAUGGCAUCGACACCAAUAUCGUUAAAUUAACUAAGGUCUAA